UAGGCUUUGUGAAAAGACUGUCACCUCUUGUUUCCCAGGCACAGGGAGAGGGAGGAAUGAAUUUGAACUCAUUAACUUACCUGUGCAAGCUGGUGAAUUGUGCUAAGGCCAUUCCCACAUAGCUGGCCCCUUCUGGCUGUGCUUUGUUGGUAUGGGGGAUGGGACAAGCAAUCUCCAGCUCCUUGGGGUCUUUUUUUUUUUUUUUGUUAAGCCAUUGCCUAGCAACUACAACAGGAGCACAGCAAGCCAUGGCGUCCUCCCAGGCAGAGAGCAGCUUUUUUUACGAGAGUGAUGACUUCACCUUUGAAGACAGGAGCUCUGUGUAUGAGCUUCAGCUGGAGAGGCUGAGAAAAGAUGGAAAGGCACUUUAGCUCUGGGAAAGCACAAGAAAGGCACUGAAAUGUGGGGAAAACGGGAUGAAUCACCAGAUGAAGAGGAGAGGACCAAUUUUCUCAAUCAGCUCCUCCUGGAUAGAGUACUUCAUGGCACAGAGGAUACUAAAUCCCUCCUCCACAGGCUGAUCUUUCUGGCUAAGAUCUCACCAGACCUGGCUGAUAAAAGGUAUUUGGCCGAGUACUGGGAACAACUAUUUCUGAAUCUGCAACGCCAGUAUUGUCAGGGAGUAGGGAUCACAGGCCUCUUGCUUCUCUAUCCUACCUACAUUAUACACAUACUAGAGGAUUGCUGUGUGACAGUGAAGACUUGGAGCAAACCUUGGAAAUUGAUCAAAGAGAGAAGCAACCUGGAAUUAAGGACAAACUUCCUGACAUCAUCCAGUGAUGUGUUCUACUCUGUCCUACGGGAUCUGAGGGACAUGGAACAGCAGAAGAGAGUGCUAGUCCUGGAUGCUAAGAUCCUGGUAGUGUCCCACAAUCUCCCUUCUCGACUCUUCCCACAAUGGAGCUAUAAAAUGUUGAAUCUACCGGAGAGAUACCUGAACUAUGAGACUUCCCACGAGGAGCCAGUGGAGGCUACCAUCUCUGAAUGCCUCACUGCACUCUUGAAACUGGGCAAACAUCUGCUGAAGUAUCCCAAGAGCCCUAAGAACCUACCAGAUCAUUUCUUGGAGGAAGUCCCAGAGUUCAUUGUUUCCCAAGACACCAUUGGUUUCCUCCUGGAAUGUCAAGAGUUAUUGAGUCCAGCUCAAUUCCUGCAUUUAUUUGAAUUUCCUCUGAACAUCCAGAUGGACUCAGACAGCAUGCAUUCUUUGUCAGAUCGGUUAAAACGUCAUCUUGAUUGGGCUGUUUUAAAGGAGACUUUUAAGAAAAAAAUGCCUUUGUGAUAUUUGGAACAUAGUAUUGAUAGAACUGUCAGAUUGCAUCUUUGAAAUUCCAAUACAGAAAAAUGAUCAUCAACGUGGACUGCUUGUAAUUUUUUGAGAUAAUUGAUUUUGCUUUAAUAAAAGUUGUGUUCUCUCUUUCAGAAUUUAUAUCUCUGAUACACUCAGUUCAAAUAAAUGUAGCCCUGCAUAUAA